AUGACUAUCCACAACCUGCAGUCCACCGAGGCCUGGAAGGAGGCCCUGAAGAACAACAAGGUCGUUAUGCUCGACUGCUUUGCGACCUGGUGUGGUCCUUGCAAGUCCAUUGCUCCCAUCCUGACCAAUUACUCCAACGAGGAGCAAUACAAGGACAUCUUCUUCGCCAAGAUCGACGUUGACGAGCUGCCGGAGCUGAGUCAAGAGCUCGGCAUCCGCGCUAUGCCCACCUUUAUGCUGUUCAAGGACGGCGAGAAGGCAGACGAGCUGGUCGGUGCUAACCCCAACGGCCUCAUUGCCCUGCUCAAGAAGGGAACUGAGUAA